AUGGUGCAUAACAACCCCAUCUGGCAAAGCCCACGCCGCUACAGCCCACUCGAGCGCGGCAUCAUCGCAGAGAAGUCCCAUGAGCUGCUGAGCAACGACAUCGCUGAGGCGGGCGACACGACAGACCAGUACGCCUUUAACCCCGUCCUCGCGCCCAAGAAGGACGUGGAAGGUAACUGGGUGGAGAAGCGGUUUUGCAUCGACUUCUCGCCGUGCAACAAGGCACAAAGGCCAGACAAGUAUCAGACUGCGCGGCCUGAGGAGAUGUUUGCAUGGCUCGCUGGUCGCCGCGUAAUCAGCCACCUUGACAUGCGGGCUGGGUUCCAUCAGAUACCCCUGCACCCUGACAGCCGCCGGUACUCCCAGUUCUGGGCGAACGGGCGGCUGCUGCGCUACACGCGCCUGCCUUAUGGCUUUAUUAACGCUACUGCCGAGUUCCAGAAGCGCUGUGACGAUGCCCUGCAGCGCGGCGGCGUGGCCGACUGUGCGCGGAGCUACGUGGACGACCUCGUGAUCGCCAGCGCCACCGUCGAGGACCACAUCCGCGACGUCGCCCGCGUGCUGCGCGCGCUGGAGGCUGUCAACUUCAAGAUUCACCCCGCUAAGUCCUUUUUCUUCACUGACCGUCUGCCGUUCCUGGGGCACUUUGUCACGCCGGACGGGCGCGAGCCCGAGGCUGCCAAGGUGGCUGCCAUCAUGUCUCUGCCCCUGCCGCGCAACAGGGAUCAGCUGCAGAGCAUGCUGGGGCUUCUGGGGCCCUUCAUCGUGCACACCGACUGGUCCCACCUCGGUAUCGGCGCGGUGCUGGGUCAACGUGACGACAGCGGCGCUGAGUACAUCGUGGCCUGUGUGAGCCGGCGGUGCAAUGAGCACGAGGCCCGCUACCCGGCCUGGAAAGGUGAGCUGCUGGCUGUCACCUAUGCCCUGACUGAGUUCAGGGUAUGGCUGCAAGGCAGCAAGUUCCUCUUGGUGACUGACCACCGGCCGCUGCUGUACCUGCUGCGCGAGGCGCGCCUAGGGGAUGCUCACAACUGGCGGUGGGCUGCGCUGCUGCACGCCUUUGACUUUGAUGUCGUGCACCGCGCUGGGAAGAAGCACAUAAACGCUGACGUGCUCAGCCGCUACCCCCAGCCGCGCACCUUUGACGUCACAGGCGCGCAGCUCGACCUUCCCCAUGAUCAGCUGCCCCUAGGGCUGCCCCGCGUGCUGCUGCCCGAUGGCUCGCUGUGGCAGCCCACGCUGGAGGACGCCCCCACACGGCUGGAACUUGAGGCACCCUCGGAUGGAACUCCAGUGGAGGUGGGCGUCGCCUCUGUGUUCGCGUUCGCUCCGAUGCCAGUGGUGCGGCCAGCCCAGGUGGCCUGCGCCGCCCUGCGCGCCGUGCAGGCUGAGCCAGCCGCCACCAGCUGGAUUGAUGCGUUCGCCCCCUCCGCGGAUGAACUGCUUGCUGGGAAUACUGCCUUUGGGGCUGAUGACCUGGCUGCUGCGGCUCUUGCUGCCUCGGCUCUGCCUGAGCGCAUUUCGUUUCGCUAG